UUUGGGGAAUUCUUUCAGUUAUGCGGGUAUGCAUCGUAGGCGGUGGCGGCUUUCUGGGUUGUGAGUUAGCUGCUCGUCUCCAGUCAACUGGUGCUCAUACGGUUCUAUUAGAUGUCAGUUUUCCAGAGCAUACGAAUAUCAAACUAGAUGAGAGACUUACAACUGUUGUGCAGGGUUCAGUUCUGGAUGAAGAGAAGGUGUGCGAAGCAUUACGAGGAUGUGAGUCAUGUUUCCACAUAGCUGCUUAUGGCAUGUCUGGAAUUCAAGCUUUCAAUCGCGACCUCAUUUUCCGAAUCAAUGUUGAUGGAACGCUGUUGCUUAUGAGCUGCUGCAAACGUUUUGGUAUAUCGCGUUUCAUUUAUACAUCGAGUGUGGGUGUCAUUUUUGUUGGCAAGGAGCUCGUCAAUGCUAGCGAGACUUAUCCCUAUCCCAAAGAAUCAGAGUAUUUUUCGUGGUACAGUGCAUCAAAAGCUCGAGCAGAAAAGCUGGUUUUGGCCUCAAAUUGUGCAGAGUUGAAGACUUGUGCGUUGAGAUUACGAGGCAUUUUUGGACCAGGAGAACCGCGGUCGACUGACAGGGCCGCUGAUAUGAUUCACAAGGGAUUUUUCAUCGCGACAUUCGCGGAAAAAGGCAAAGCCUUGACCCAGUACAGUGGAAUCUACAAUGUUACACAAGCCAUGUGCAAUGCUGAUAUGGAACUGGCCAAACCACGUCCAAGAUGUGCAGGAAAGGUCUAUCACAUAGUGGAUGAUGAUCCUGUUGACUCUUUCAUGUUCUGGGCUCCUCUCAUAAAAGCACUGUCACAAUCGCCGCCUUAUUUGAGGCUACCGUUUCCACUAAUAUAUUUUUUCGCCUAUCUUACCGAGUGCCUGGCUAUCUGGUUUGGAAUCCCGCCACUGCUGAAUAGACUGGAGGUAGCCCUUAUUGGAGUAACGAAUACCUAUUCGAUUGAAGCAGCAAAGAAGGAUCUCGACUAUAAACCCACUAAUAACCAUGAUUUGACAGAGGUGGUGGACUAUUACAAGAAACUCUACCAAGCUCAGGGCUCCAAAAUCAAUCUACGCUUCAUUAUAACGGCUCUUUUUGUGGCUGCUCUUGUUUUAUUUAUCUUUUUCCGCUUUCUGUUAUAAUCUUACUUAGUGCCUUGUUUUUUUUGUGUGAUGAAAACGAGGUGGAAAACAGAUUAAAAGGGUCAAUUUUCCCAAGCUCAGUCAAUUUACAUGUAUAUAUUCGUUAUACAUCUUACUAAAUCUUGUGUUAAUUUCCUUCCUUGCUUGUAUGGAUCCUUUAUUUUUCCAAAAUUUGUUUUGUAUGAAAUAAAUUAUUU